AUGCCGGCUCAGGGCAACUCCCACGGCACACCUCAUAAAGAAAUAGUGCACACGUUGAAGAAAGAAGAAAUGUUUUCCAGAUCCAUUUUAAAGGUGUUUCCCUGGCUUUUCCUUUGUGUGCUCCAGUCUGAUAGUUCAGGCCUGGAGAUUACUGUGACAGCCAAAGUAGGAGAUGAAGCCAAACUUCCGUGCAGCUGCAGUAGAAAAUAUACAGGCAGUGAACUGAAGACUUACAAAAUCUACUGGCAAAAACCAGUAAGAAAGGAGGGGAAAGAGCUGGUUGUGAUUUCUCACAACGCUGGCAAAGAUGAACCUAAAAGAAAAGACCAACAUUACCAGAACAGAACAAAGAUGAAUGAGCAAAAUCUUACACUUUCAUUAUUCUCAGUGCAAGCAUCGGAUAAGGGCACAUAUAAGUGCAUCAUCAUAAAGGAUGGGAAAAAAUGUGAAGACUCCGUCAAUUUAUCUGUAGUGGCUGAUUUUAGGAGGCCUAUUAUAUCUGCAGGGAUACCGAAUGGCUGUGACCCCCCUCUGUUGACACUCUGGUGUUCUUCUCAUGGAGGAUUAAACCCAGAUUUUAAGAUGCUUGGAUCCAUCAAUAAUAAGACGGAGAACUGGACUGUUUCUUCGACAGCUGACAACCAGACUGAACUUCUUAAUGUUACUGGCUACAUGCAGCUCAACGUGACUGGAAAUAUCCUUGUCCAAUGCUCAAUUGAGUAUGCUGGAAGACAAGUUUCUGCCAACUUCACGUGGUUUAUACCAGAAGAGUGUUUACUGACUGCUCCACCCCAUUGGAUCAUUAUUGCUUCCUGUGUGAUCCUCGUUCUUCUUGUAGCCAUGCUAGCAGUCAUCCUUCGGCGGUGGCUCACCUGCAAGAAUUCAAGAUCCUCUCACUCUGUCAGUUCUUUCCAACCAGUGGAGACAUUCGACAUAGCACCGCAGCAGCAACAACUAAAUGAGACAGUCAAGGCAACAUCAUUCUGACCGUACAAACCUUGGGAGAUCUCUUUUCCAAGUCUCAGCCUUUGCUCCACAGACUUGUUUGCUGACAGAAUUUCAUUUUCAGCUAAAUAAAAGAGGGUUGAGAGUGAAUACUCCUCCCAGGAAUGCAAUGGUGUCUGUAAACCAUGGGGGAAAAAACCAGUGGGAACUUUCACUUCAUGUACAAUAUGAAGAAAUAAUGAAGCUGACAAUGCAGCAUGGCACUUUUGAUUCUACUGUCUGCAGAUAUCACUUCCAGCUAUCAGCAGCCUUUACUGAGCUCACCUUGAUUCACAUUGCAAUAAAGACUGCAGUAAGGAUACAUUUAGUAUAAGAAAGAGAUGGUCUCACAAUUAGUUGAUUAUUCCACACAGUGGGCAGCAGUAAAACAGAAGACAAUCAGAUGAGUUCUCAUAUUGGAUAAAGCAUGUCCAAGGAAUGUAUUUCCUGCUAUGUAGGGAAAGAGUUGUUCUGUUAUGGAAACUCCAUUUAAAUGCAGCUUUGCACUUUUAAUUCAUCUCAUUCCUCAUACUAUUGUGGGCACCAACACAAGAUAUUAACCUUGUAACUGUAUAAUCUUGUUGCUACAGCAGCUGUACAAUAGACCUUCAAAAGAAACAUAUGUAAGGGUAACAUACACUUCUUCCUCAUUAGCCACAUUAAUAUUUUGUGUCUAGAUUUGCUCCUACUUCAAUACGUCACAACAGUAUUUAUAAUUUUUAAUGACAGGUUUACAUGCAUGUCUUUGUGUCAGGAUUUUAGUGAGUUUAGAGCAGUGAUUCUCAACCUUUCUAAUGGCGUGACUCCUUAAUGCAGCUCCUCAUGUUGUGGUGACCCCUAACCAUAACAUUAUUUUCGUUGCUACUUCAUAACUGUAAUUUUGCUACUGUUAUGAAGCAUAAUGUAAAUAUCUGAUAUGCAAGAUGUAUUUUCAUUCACUGGACCAAAUUUGGCUCAAAUACCCAAUAUGCCCAAAUUUGAAUACUGGUGGGGUUGAUUUUGUCAUUUGGGAAUUGCAGUUGCUGGGAUUUAUAGUUCACCUACAAUCAAAGAGCAUUCUGAACUCCACCAAUGAUGGAAUUGAACCAAACUUGGCACACAGAAUUCCCAUGACCAACAGAAAAUACUGGAAAGCUUUGGUGGGCAUUGACCUUGAGUUUUGGAGUUGUAGUUCACCUAAAUCCAGAGAGCAUUGUGGACUUAAACAAUGAUGGAUCUGGACCAAACUUGGCAUGGAUAUUCAGUUUGCCCAAAUGUGAACACUGGUGGAGUUUGGGGGAAAUAGACCUUGACAUUUGAGAGUUGUGAUUGCUGGGAUUUAUAGUUCACCUAAAAUGAAAGAACUUUCUGAACCACACCAACAAUAGAAUUGGGCCAAACUUUGCACACAGAACCCCCAUGAUCAACAGAAAACACUGUGUUUUCUGAUGGUCUUUGGCGAUCCUUAUGACACCGCCUCGCCAACACCCAGAGGUCUCAACUCUCAGGUUGAGAAAUGCUGGCUUAGAGUAUUAUUAACAUUAUGUUGUACUGUGCUCUCUGGGUUAAGCAGAUACUUACAUGACAGAUAAUACAGUAAGGAACUGAUAGCCUUAAAACUUUAUGUUGAAUGAUAGUCUUAAGAAAUUUGUGGAGAGUAGGCUACUAAGAAAAUAAAACCUUAGUGGAAAAGCUGUACAAAUGAGUUGAAGAAAUAGGAAGGGACAUUCUGAAUAUUGACAAGGGUCUGUGGUUCUUAUCAUAGGUCUGAAUCCAGUGGCAUUGCUAUGGCAAGUACAUAGAUUAAAACUUCCCUCCCCUCCCCAUUGGAUUUCCCAUUCGGAUAUAUAGGCAUUGCUGCUUUGGGAGAGAUCAGUGGAAGGGCUUCCUAUGCACAUUUUACAGAAAAUGCCUCACAUUCUGGAGUCAUGUUUAGUACUAUGAUGGUGUGAGACUCCAGCACUGCAUCUAAGGACUGAGCCUGGAAGAUAAAAUCAACCUACCUCCCGAAAGCUAGAUUACUUUUAUUUUUAAAAUUGCAUAUUUUUCUAUAGCAAAGUGAUGUUUGCUCUCAAGGGAGAUGGGUAGAAGCAAAUUCCCUAGUCACGUUGGUGCUAUGAUAUAAUACAGUGCAAGACUGUGCAUAUUCUGAAUACUGGCAUUUUCUCAUUUCUGAAUAAACUUGUUUCAGAUCAGGAUUGCUGAAGCAAAUUUCAUUUCCCUCUCCAGUAGUCAUGAUGGUACUUUAGCAUGGGUUUAAAAUUCAAAAUCAUUAUAUUUUAUCAAUGUUAUUUUGGGCUAGCGUACUAAAAAUACUGAAAUUGUUCUAAAAUAUGGAAUGGCAGAUUUUAGAACAGGAAUUCUGGUACUUCUACAUUACUGGAAUAACACACAUCAGUUUAAAUAUGCAGUUGAGUGGACCCACUGAAUAAAUGAGCACAAAGAAGACUGGGUGACUUGGAAGGCACUGAACAGACUGUGCUCUGGCACCAUGAGAGACAGAGACAACCUUAAGAAAUGGAGCUACAAAGUGGAGUCCACGACAUGCGAGUGUGGAGAAGAGCAAAACAUAGACCACCUAUUACAAUGCAGCCUGAGCCCUGCCACAUGCACAAUGGAGGACCUUCUUAUAGAAACACCAGAGGCACUCCAAGUGGCCAGCUACUGGUCCAAGGACAUUUAGUAUCAUGCCAAGUUUUCAACUUCGUUUGUGUGUUUAAAUAC